GAAUACACUUUACGGCAGCGUUCUACUUGUUAACCCCAUUUGAGUGCGCCGUCUUGUCGGGGACCCUAUGGGCCUGUAGCGUCCUGUUUCACCAUUUCUUUUCCUGGUUUCUUCGUCGACGCACAAUCCUUCACACUCCCACGUCAAAGCUAUAUCGUGCAGAUAAGUCUCCUAUCAUGGGCACAGAAGAGAAAUAUCCAUUGAAAGAAAUGGAUUGGAAAAAUAUUGGAGACUCAACUACCGGAGAAUCUGAAGCUGGACGUGUUGGGAAAAAAAGGCUACCAAAAAAGAUGAGGCAAAUCCCGGAUUAUUAUUUCCUUCCUCGAAGAUCUUUAUCAUUUUCCGUUGCUUUUUAUGGAGCAUGUAUAGUUGCUGGAGUUGGUGCUGGCAUGCCGAUUGAAACCUGGAUAAAUAAAAAAGUUAAAGAUGUUUCCAGCCACUUUGGAGAUUUGAAUCUCUAUAUUACACCAUCAUUGGAGAUGCUCUAACAAAAAGAUAAAGAAGCAAAUGAGCUAAGGUUGACUUCGAGGGGUGACCUAGCUUAUCAUGCCAGCGAUCCAAGGUCCUUAUUCCUAAUUUGGUCUUGAGACAGCAUAGCCUAAUUGAUGUGCUCUUAUUGCCAGCAAUUGGAUAGAGGUCAUUCUCAACCAAACCUUGAAGCAGCAGCAGGCUAAUGUAUCUUGGGGCCAUUGAAUCGUCGUCUUGGCUUCUUCAUAUAUUGUGGUUGUUACGCUUUGACCUAACAAAGGCAUAAUGGUUUUCUGUUGCAUGUGAAUUCUGAGCGUCUUUAAGAUAUUUUCAAAGUUGAGCAGCUCAGUCUGAAAUCCAUCAAAAUUAAAAUCUGUCCCUUGAGCAAAAGAUGAAGAAUAUGAUGAAAGGAUGGAGUUGUUUUUCUAUCCACCAAUGAGGAAGUUAAAAAGAUCCUAGUCAUCAAUUGAUUUUUCAAGCUGCAGCAAGCUGAUCAGAGAUGGAUUCUACGUCUUCAAUGUAAUCUGUACAAUAGAGUUUGAAUUGUCUGGCUUGUUUACCAAAAAUAUUCAUGGAUAGCUAUCAUAUAAUUAUUUACAAUAACAGAAUUGAGUAAUAAGAGAGGACUAGCAAGCGCGUUUUCAAUUUA